UGUUUUCGAAUGUCGAACUUGCGGUUUGACCGAAUUGUUGUGCUGUUGUACGGAAUGUGCCAAAGUAUGCCAUCGUGGUCACGAUUGCAAAGUGAAGCAGACCUCGCCAACGGCCUACUGCGAUUGUUGGGAGAAGUGUAAGUGCAAGGCGUUAAUCCAGGGCAAUCAACAGGCCAGAUACGAAUUACUCAAAGCAUCCUGCUGUUCUUGGUGCAAACAGUCGGCCGUCAAUCGGUCGAACAGCGUCAAUACAGAACUACCAGACCUAGAUCAGCCAACAAGAAAACGCCAUCUUCGGAAAUUGGCGCAGCAUCCGAACCACAUAUGCCGGAUCAUGACUUGGAACCGCCCAGAUUCGCCAGAAGGGCAUUGGAAAGGUUGCUGAACGAUUGGCAAGCCGUCAAGAGUAUGAUUAUGUCAGGUGUCAAAGAAGAAGACGAAAAAGUUAUCCCGAUGAAUACGAAUACAUCAUACGAAGAUCAAGCUUACUUGAAAAGUCAAACGGGCACGGCUCUUUUGGAUAAAUUUACUCAUUGUUUGCUGGUGAAAUGCAGCUCAGAAAUGUUGGAUACGUUACUUACGACUUUGAUUAGAGAAAUUCAAGAUACAACUACUUGAGGACGUAGCGAAGAAGCCACCAUAGUCGCUAGACGAUUUGUUCGUUCUGUUACUCGUAUUUUUGUCAUAUUCAGCAUUAUGACUCCGCAGACCGGAAAACGAAGAGGAGUAAUGACGAUCGCCUCGGUCACGAAAGCCAAACGCAUAUUCCAAUCGCUAAUUAAACUCUGAAUUGAAGAGCUUUGCGAAGCUGCAGAUAGUUUAAUCGCUCCCGUUCGUCUCGGAUUUGCUAGACCAACGGCUAAUUUCUCCCUUUCUAACAAUACAAUGGAUGUGGUCUCGGGAUGCGAAGACUUAUUCUGCGUCGAACCUAUGUCUUUGGCGUCGUCGUCUCGUCAACGCGAAUCCCCUUCUCGUACAACAAGAACAAGCCGGCGGCGAAGGCGGGAACUAGGCGAAUCAGGAGAAGUGAUACGUAACUCGCAGAACAGAUUGCCCGAUUCGGAAGUUGAAGACGAUAUCGUUGAAAAUUUAGUAGCGCUUACAAACGAUGUCGAAGGAAGUGAUAACGAAGAACAAGAUGCCGCCAGCGGCUUCGCUCUGGAUGUAAGGAACGGAGGCGAAGCGGAGAACUUAAUGGAUGCUCGUAAUUCCGUUGUAGGUAUGAUAGAAGCGGCCAGAAGUGCUGCCGAAGCCGAAUCCAACGCUGGAUAUUUGAUCGUCGAAUCCGAAUCUGACUCUGAUCAGAGUAAUCAAGACGGAGGUCAAAGGAGUGUACAAACUGGAGCCACUGUUGGCUCUGAUUACGACGGAUCUGGCGAAUCGACUCAGCAAGAAGAUGAAGAUUCAGAAACGGCCGAAACAGACGAUCUAGAAGCGGAAGAAGUUAUUAUGAACGACGAGCAACUAGAAAUAAGACCAACGAUUUCCUUUGGUUACAGCAGUCACCGGACGAAUUUAGCUCCGCAAUCGAUGCAAUGGGUCGUUCGAAGCCGUGACAAUAUUUCCAGAUCAUCCGGAGGUUUUCGUUUCACGUCCGGCGGCAAUUCGUUAGUAUUCAUUGUUCCGUCAUCGUUGCCCCGAACAGGUACCGGAGGCUCCAGCACCGGAACCACGACCACGGUCGCCGCUACUGUUGAGCCACCGGUGACGAUGUCAACGACUGCUGCCUGCUUGACUCGCGCAUUCGCCAUCGUAAUUAGACAGAUCGCCGACUUAUUCCGUACCCUGCAAGAUUACAAUACGAUGGCGCCUCCUCUGGCUACCGUGUCGAGUGUCACUCAACAAGAUGUUGAUAAUUUGCAGGUGGAUGUUGAUGAGAGUUGAGAUGUUCGAUGAGAGUGGAAAAUCGCAUCGCCUGUAAGGUUGUCACUAGAUCGCGAUGGUUUGUUCCAGAUUAUAUUUCGUAGUAAAACACAUCAUCAGAAGAGAUCCUAUCAGUGUAUUAAAUGCAUACAGUGAUCCUUAUCUCAAAAACAACUGGUGGCAAGCGGUCGACUGGUGGAAUAAUGAAUUAUAUGGAAAACCUUUCGUUUCUUCGCCGCUCUAAUUAUAAGUCGACCAGUUCAGUUCCUUCCAUGGAUGUUGCGAAUAGAUAUUUAGUAGUUCGAUGAAAAAAACUUUGGUAAAAGCAUUGUAAAUUUGUCUCAAAAUGGAAACACAUACACAUUACAAACGAGGCUGUACAUAAUGUACCAUCAUUUCAUUUUAUUGUCUUAUUAAUUUUUAAAAUAAUGUUAUUUGAAAAAGUUUCUUUAAAAUCAAUGCAAAAUAAUCAAAUGUUAUGCUGUUUAAUUUUCUUCUUGUGUUAGCCUUUAUUUUUAUAGUUUUUAAUGUUGUUCAUUUUGUUAACACGUAUCUGAGUAUUUUGUUAUCAAAUUCUAACGAAGAUUAAGUAUUAUUAGUCAAGUGGUACGAUUCUUAUGUUUCAAAUUUUUGUCAUAAUAAAUAUUGCAGUAAAUUA